CUGUCGCCAGAGCGCGCUGCUUCACCGAUACCGACAAGCACGCGACGAAGAAAAAAAGUUUCUUUGCUUGAAAAUCUGACGCAGGCGCGCAACAUGCCGUUCGGCCAGUUCCUCCAGUUGACUUUUACCUGCCAUAGGUUUCAGCCCACGACACGAGUGGAACGGGAAAUGCGAACAGAAACCACUGUUUGGGUGUAACUCACACGGUUGGAAUUAACGUCAAUCUAGCCUGAUUUCUGGCAGAUCUGUAAUCCGCUCUGUGAACGCCACAUAUGCGGACAAAUCCUCCCCGGGAUAGCCUAACCAGGGGCGAUCUAGUGAACCGCGAGGAUUGCGGAGGAGAAAUCAACUAUGGUGUCUGAGUGAGAGUGCGUGCGUCUCUUCGUUCAAUCAGCUGUGUGUGUGAGGGAGACAAGUCUCCUGGAGUCUCCCGGGUUUCCGGGGGACACUGGCUCGCGGACACUGGGACAGUACUCGGUCAAGGGGGGAAGAUGAUGGGGUUCUUGCGCAGGACGUUUAGUCGCCGUUCGCGGCGGCGACUCCGCACAACGACGGACGAGGUGGAUGGACGUGGGGGAAGUGGGUCGGGACAUAAACACUCGCAGCAGGUGAUCCACCCGCCCGUCGUCGUGAGCGGGGGAACCCUUGUCCACAUCCCUGCAGCUGGGGGUACGACCUCAACAAUAACCUGUCGCGUAAUGCUUCUGGACGGUUCAGAUGUGAACGUGGAGCUGUCGAAAAAGUCAAAAGGCCAAGACCUAUUCGACCAGAUCAUCUACCAUCUGGACCUGGUGGAGUCCGACUACUUUGGCCUGCAGUAUGUGGACGCAGACCAAGUCGUGCACUGGCUGGAUGUGACAAAGGCCAUAAAGAAGCAGAUCAGAAAUGGUCCUCCAUUUGUCCUGUAUUUUAGGGUAAAGUUUUACUCCUCAGAGCCCAACAACCUUCACGAGGAGUUCACCAGGUACCUUUUCGUACUGCAGUUGAGACAAGAUAUUCUGUCCGGCAAGUUAAAGUGCCCUUAUGAUGUGACCAUCGAGUUGGGCGCCUACUGCCUUCAGAGUGAGAUGGGUGACUGUGACCCACAGGAACACACUCCUCUGCUGGUGUCUGAGUUCCGUUUCUCCCCCAAACAGUCAGAGACCAUGGAGGCAGACAUCUACCACAAGUGGAUGGAGUGCAGGGGUCUGAGUCCCUCUCAAGCUGAAAUCAAUUUCCUCAAUAAAUGCAAAUGGCUGGAGAUGUAUGGGGUGGACAUGCACGUUGUAAAGGGUCGAGAUGGAGGAGAAUAUGCGCUUGGCCUCACUCCAACUGGGAUCCUGGUGUUUGAGAAGACUAGCAAAAUUGGCCUUUUCUUUUGGCCCAAAAUUACCCGUCUGGACUUCAAGAGGAGUCGAUUGACAUUAGUCGUAGUUGAAGACGAUGAAAAAGGUCGGGAGCAGGAGCACACCUUUGUGUUUGAGCUGUCCAGCUCGCGCUCCUGUAAGCAGCUGUGGAAGAGUGCGGUGGAGAGCCACGCCUUCUUUCGCCUCCGCCAGCCCGCCAAGACCCAGAACACCCGCAGCGACUUCACACGCCUGGGCUCCCGCUUCAGGUUCAGUGGUAAGACGGAAUACCAAACGACACAUGGGGGUCGUCUGAGGAGAACAAGUACAUUUGAGAGGCGACCAAGCAAGAGAUACCCCUCCAGGAGCCAAUCACUAAGCAAGGUGACCACUCCCAGUAAGCACCCUCAUAUAAGUGAACAGAGCAACUCUGAGGCCAGCCUUCACCAGCAUUAUAAGCACAACAUUCCUAUUGGCCAGGAGGCAUGGCACAGGACACGCCCACCAGCCUUGACCCCUCCCCCACUGUACGCUCAGCCCCCCGAGCUCCAGACCCCCCCACACAGCUUCCCAAUGAGCACUGCGGACGCCCAGCGCUUCAGCCUGGAGGAGAAUGAGGCCCCGUAUGCCGGAAAGAUCCGCCACUACUGCCUACACCACAUCUAUAGCAACCAGGAGGCACUCGGCCUCACGCUCACACAGCCCCAAGCCUGGGCCGUCCCCCUGCCUCAACAGCAGCCCCUGCCUCUGCCUCCGCAACCACAGCUUGAGCCCCUGAUGGUGGAGACCUCCUCUCCCUGGCCGACUCUUCACAUCAACAUCAACACGGCAGAGGAGAAGCCCUUCUCUGAGAAGAGUCUUCCCUCAUCACCCUCGCUGCUGGAGGAGCAGAUGAAGAGGAGUAACAUCUUGAGGAUUGCAAAGGCUGAGAAGGGACCCCCAUCUCCAACAGCAAAGCAGCCAGGCAGCAAACCUGUCUCUCCAGCUGUAAAGCCUGCCAGGUCUCAGGAAUCGCCUAAGGAAAAACCGAAGGAUCGCCGCAAAAGACUUGUCAGGCAGUUUAGCUUUAACCAUAGUGAUGAAGAUGAUCUCCCAGAGGCCCUGGCUGCCAUCUCCUCAGAGAGCAGCAUGACCAGAUCCAAAUCGGGAUCCUCCAGCUCACUGGACAAACAGAUACAACCACCCAUAUACCCACCGAUGGAGGAGAACGACUCUCCGCUGCUAAGCCAGACCUCCAUUCCACACCUACUGCCGGCACACACAGAGAGUAAUAGUACAGAGGAUCUGAAAAUGGACAGAGAAAAGCUGCUGCGGACCCUACUGAUGACAGAGCUCUGA